AUCCGAGCUCCCAAAGCUUCGUACGAGCACAAGGCAACAAAACCAACCCAGUCGCCCAACAACCUUGCAAAGCUCACAAGAUCACACAAACCACUUUAGAAACGCAAAACAUUCAUAUUGCUACACAAAAAUAACAUGACAACAGCAAACCCUGACGCUACCCAUUCGCCGUGGAAACCAGAAUGGAACCUUACAGGCGCCGCAACUGAGGAUUCGCUCUCGAGUUCAAGCUCUUCUGGUGAUGGCACUGACUGCGAAGCUGGCAAGAGCAGAAAAGCAAACAACCACGUGGUGUGGCCAUGGUGGUCAAAGGCUACCAAUGCGCUCCAUGAAGCCAAUCGCAAGUUUGUCUUAACCCUCGCACUGGCAGCUGCGCGCAAUCCAAUUAGAUGUUUUGUGACAAUCAUCAUCCUAUCUGUCACCCUCAUAAGUACUGGGUUGGCUACAAACUUUCAUAUCAAUGUCGAUGAAAAUGAGAUCUACACACCCUUCCAGGCCGUUUCACGGCUUCACGAAGAAUGGUAUCUUGAUGAAUCUGGCUUGGGUGAAUCUGCACGGAACACUGUCCUGAUGAUUCAUAGCCAUGGUGACAAUGUUCUGGCAAUGCAUUCCUUGAGGCGAGUCUUUGAAGCCUUGGAUACUGUCAGGAAUACCACUGGAUACAAUGAAGUCUGUGAGGGUGCACCUUAUUAUGACAGCUAUAAUGAAGAGUAUACCUGCCAAAUUCUGUCUACUACAAGGUUUUGGUACCAUGACCAUCAGAUGUUUGAGGAUCAAGUAAACACCGAGGAUGAUCUUGUUCAGCAGUUGUCUUCCCCAGAGUACCCAGGGGGGGUACCAACUGACUCUGAGUAUGUUAUGGGGAACCUGCAGCACGAUGAAAAUGGCACCAUUACCUAUGUACCAGCAUUUUUUGUCUUCGUCAUGCUCACAGACAAGGGAGAGCAGACACUUGAGUUUGAAGCAGCAGUGUUGGAAAGACUUGCUGACCUGCAAGCACAGUGGGAUGAAGAUGCAACAAAUGGUCUCCGGCUGGACUACUAUGCUGAAAGAUCUGGAGCUGAUGAGUUUCGAAGAGCCAUCGACAAAGAUUUGUACCUCCUGCCCGCAGUCUUCUUUGCCAUGAGCGCAUUCACAUGCUUGGUCUUUUUCCAAAAAGACCCGGUUCAAUCCAGAUGUCUCUUGGGACUGGGAAGCAUUGUAACCAUCCUCUUGUCCCUCUCCAGUGGCUUUGGCCUUCUCUUUAUUUGUGGAGUUCCAUUCACCAGUAUGACACAAAUCCUUCCCUUUGUCGUGCUUGGCAUAGGGCUUGAUGACACCUUCAUCAUCACUGGAGAGUAUCUUCGAACAGACAAAACUCUGGAUGGUGAAGAGCGCAUUCGCUUGGCCAUACUUGAGGCCGGACCAAGCAUCACUGUCACGACCAUCUCAACAGCUUCUGCCUUCAUACUGGGACUAACGUCCAGUGUUCCGUCUAUCUAUUGGCUGUGUCUCUAUGCAUUCCCCACUGUCAUCAUUGAUUUCCUCUACCAGAUCACUUUCUUUGUAGCUAUUCUUGCUUUGGACGAGAAGCGAAUCAAAGACAAAAGACUGGAUGUUGCCAUUUGCUGCAAGAGCCAAGCCAAAGAGGGCCACGCCAAUGACAGUGGGAUCAAUGCCGAUUCGUCCCAACAGUCGACCCACUUUGCUGACAAGAUCAUGGCUUGGCAUGCCCGCCGCCUACUCCACCCAGUAUCAAAGGUACUGGUAUUGAUAUCUUUCUCUGCUUUCUUUGGCUUUUGUAUCUAUCGAACCACAAUGCUAAAGCAAGACAUUGACAUCAAGACUUUGUUCGCUGAUGAUUCCUACAUGAUCCCUGCCUUGACGACUGUAGAGGAAUUCCAAGAGAGGUCUUUUGCAUUUUCAAUCUUUUUCCGAAAUGAAGAUCAAGGUGAUCCUUUGGUGCAACAGAAAAUGAUAUCUUUUGUGGAAGAAAUCCAGGCCCUCCCAGCAUUGGGGGCGCCACCACCUUUGUGUUGGGUUCGUGACCUUCAAGCAAUCCAGGAAACAGAGUACUUUGAUGUUGUUAGGGAUUUGCCUUUUGAAGAACAGAUUCAGUUUGCCUUGAACAUUCCUGCCUUCAAAGAAGCAUAUGGCAAUGACAUAGUCAUUGACAACAACACCGGGAAGAUCACUGCAUCCAAGUGCACUAUUCUAGCAAGAAACUCAUUCUUACUGGAGUCUAUUCAAAACACAAUUGACCAUCUGAAUGGGCAGAGGGCAAUCACUGAGAGUCAAGACAUUAAUCAGGGCAAGGCUGGAGGAGAAGAGUCAUUCUUUACCUUUCAAAACAUCUAUCUUGUCUGGGAGUUCUACAAUGUGGCCAUCAAGGAAUUGAUCACGACAACCAUCCUCAGUGUUGGUGUUGUGAGCCUUGUGACCCUGAUAUUUAUCCCACACUGGACUGCUGUUUGCUUCAUAGUUCCAAUGGUCUCGGUUGUCUACAUUGACUUGCUGGGUGUGAUGGAAAUGGCAGGCCUUGAUAUCAAUGCAGUAACCUAUGUCUGCCUUGUCAUCUCUAUUGGUUUGAUUGUUGACUUUCUGCUGCAUAUAAUGUUACGAUACGUGGAGUCCUCCAGCGCAUCUCGUGAUGACAGGGUCAAGGAGACUUUGGAGACCAUGGGCAGCUCCAUUCUUUUGGGUGGAGCUUCAACCCUUUUGGGCAUUUCAAUGCUUGGCUUCGGUACCAGUACGAUCAUGCGAGCAGUCUUUAUUUCCCUGUGUUCCAUGGUACUCCUUGCAGUUGCACAUGGGUUGAUUCUCCUCCCUGUACUGCUUUCUUUGGUGGGACCUGUCGUCACCCAUGAGUCUGAAGAAACUCCUUGCGAAUCUAUUCAGCAUGACGUGUCUCAUGUUCAAGAGUUGUCUCCUGAGCUUUCAGCAGCAUGGGGCCCGAUGUCAGACGCAACUUUUGGUUUGUCUGACAUUUCGACUGAGGUCGAAGUCUAGAAUGUCAGGCGCAUAAUUGAUCGGUUUCCAAGCCUCAGCCUGUACCGGACAACGAUGUGUCCCUAUCGGGUUGCCCGGCCGAGCACAAACGAUUGUCUUCCAUUUCUCCGUUUCCAGCUUCUACUUCCGGCUUCCGCAUGAUUCACGGUUGCCUGCGGAUACGCCUUCCAACUUCCAACGGCAACAGCCGAGUGAGAGGCUGCAGACAAAACAACGAGUCUUGGCCCUUAGUCGCCACAGUUGCUUUACCGACACGGGCGGAUCGACGGUGCCGUGCCGUCACAACUUUCCAAAGUCGGUCGACCGACAAUUGUCACUGCUUCCCGAGUGACCUCCUCAUAACUAAUUUUAGUACAUUUACAUGUAAUUUUUGGAAGGGGAAACCAUUGCUUCGAGACAAGACCACGCUAUAUCCACAUA